UUACGAAUGUUUUGAUUUUGUUCAGAAUUCUUGAUAUUCUUCCAGGAGAGUGAUGUCCUGGUCGGCAGAAGUGGCUUCCUCGAAUGCUCCCAAGUACUGCUACUUCUUCAAGACCCUGCUGGUGGAGGAACUAGAGUUGGAAACCUCCUAUCACAACCUGCAUUACGGGCAGUGCGCAUUAAUUGGACGACUGGCGUUCAAGUCGAAUCAGUACCGGCUGGAAAACGUGCGCGUUAAGUGUCUGCCAAAGAAGUACUCCUUGGACGAGGGCACCAUAUCCUUGCUUAUUCUGGGUCUCACCCAUGACAAAGUCGUCGAAAAUCGCGUGAGUGCCGGCCGCUAUUGCAUUGUGCGCGGUGAAGUGGUGCUUCAUAAUGUGCAGCAUCCCAAAGGUCCCAAGCUGACCGCUGGCGGAGUCUACGACAAGAUCAAUAGCCUGUCCAACAAUCCGUUGGAGCAAACACAAUAUCUCAACGCCCUACGUGCCACCUACAGACCGGCCAUCGAUUUGUGGUACAUCCAGGUCAUCGACAGAGCCGAGGACUUGCUGACUCGCAGGCUGGAGAUGAGAAGUCUGAUUAAGAAAUGAACACACACUACCUGACAACCUCGCGAACCAAUCCGCAGUUCUACAUAUUCAGUCAGCUCUUUGGUAACGAUCGCGACUGGAGCCAUUGCAAUUGGGAGGACAUUCAAAACGUUGCUUGGAAAGAAUUCUGGCAGCGUGAGGGACAUGAGCUACUAGAGCAAAAGUGGCACAAGCGGUUUCCCGAAUACAGAGAUCUUAUCGAGGUUGUCUCGUUGGAGGAGCAAGGGCUCUGGCAGGAACUGUGGGAGAAGCACGCCAGUGAUUCCAGUGCCAAGUUCUGGUAUAUAUUUAGCUGUGCCUUUGAGAACUACCAACAGGUUGUGGCCAAAUCAUUUGGCCAUCAGGAAGAUGAAAACCCAGAAGAUGUUGAGCAGGACUUACAGAACUUAAGCCUUCAAAAGAGGCCAACGAAAUCGAGACAGCAAAGGACCUCAGAAAAAGAAAGGAACGAAUCAUACUUGACUGCCAACGACGAUCCCGAAGAUUGUGACGAGGAACAGCAGUUGCGCCUUCUCGGAUUGCCAACAUCAUUUGCAUCGAAGGCAGAUACAAUUAUCCGAAAGGAAAGAAGGACACAGUACGAACCCUCUAGCAGCGACAGCGAGAACAGUGAGGAUCUGUUAGUCAUGGAAAACGACGAAAAUGAGGCUCUGCAUGGCGUUCAGAGCGGUUUUAUCAAAAAGAGCAAACGACGGCAAAGGCAAAUCAACAAACUCAAGGCCAGAAUGCCUGAGUUUAUGCAAGAGGAUAACAACAAAAUGGUCAAGUAUUGGGUAAAGCGGUUCUCUCUGUUCUCCCGUUUCGAUCAGGGCAUUCGGCUGGACCGCGAGAGCUGGUUCUCGGUGACUCCCGAGAAGAUUGCCAAACAAACGGCUCGUCGUCUGGCCUGCGACGUGAUCUUAGAUGCUUUUUGUGGGUGCGGCGGCAAUGCCAUUCAGUUCGCAAACACCUGUGGACGCGUAAUUGCUGUGGACAUCGAUGCGGAGAAGCUGGCCAUGGCCAAGCAUAAUGCCGGCAUUUAUGGUGUGGCCCACAAAAUCGAGUUCAUCAACGCCGAUUUUCUGCAGUUUGCGGCUACCACAAAGCUUCGCCCAAAUGUAGUUUUUCUGAGCCCUCCCUGGGGAGGUCCCGACUACCAGAAGCAGGCCUCCUUCGAUAUUGAAACAAGUCUGUUGCCCGUGGGCGCCAGCAAUCUGAUGCAGCUCUCUCGCAGCCUGGCGGCUGACGUGGCCUUCUUUCUCCCACGCAACGCCAAUAUGAAGCAGGUGGUCGCCUUGAGUGGAGCUGGGCAACAGUGCGAGGUGGAGCACAAUUAUCUGGACACCCGAAUGGUUGCUAUAACUGCUUAUUACGGCAAGGGAAUUAUAAAAGGUUCAUUGGGUGAGGAUGAGUAGGAUUCG